AUGGAUGACGUCACCGCCGCACUGACGUGGCUGGUUGACACCGUGGCUGAGGGGGAGGCCAGGGGGGAGGAUGAGAGGGUGCUGGCCCACCAGAUCAUGGCUGGCAUGAAGGUCGCAGACCCCACGCUGCCGGUUGAUCCCUACGCACACAUCCCCAAGCCCAUCAUCUGCCUCGGACAGAACGCCCACGCGCGCCGCGACCGCCGCGGCGGCGUCGACGGCGUCCCCUCGGCCACCGCCAUCAGGCAGGCGCUCGCCGCCACCCAGACCAUCCUCCGCUCCAUCGUAAACGACGCAGCCGCCGCUGGCGCCGCGACCGCAGCCACGGGCGGCGUCGGCGGCUCAGUGCCUGCGGCACCCGCGGCGGCGUUUGAGUACGAACCGCUUGAGGGCGGCGGCGCCGGCGCGGCGGCGGGCAGUGCGGGGCUGCUACGGGAGGUCCAGGAAAUGUCAUCACUCCCGUCUGGCGGCCGCCGCUGCGCGCCGUUCACGCGCACCGACCAGCUGGCCGCGAUACUGCGCGCCGCACAGCCGCUGCUGACGAAGCUCGAGGCGGCGAACGGCGCGCGCGGCGCGGUCGGGCUGCCGCCGCUGAUGCAUGAACAGGCGGAGGCGGCGCUUGAUGCGCGCGAAGUGCAGGAGGCAGCGGCGGAGCGCGCGCGGCGGGGGCGGCCGUACGAGCCGCCCUUCUACCGCCCGGCCCCGCCGACGGGCACGGACGCGCGCGGGGCGGUGCUGCCGUUCGAUGCGGCGUUGUCUGCUAACGCCUCCGCCGCCGCCGCCGCCGCGCGCGCAGCGGGUGCGGACGAGCUCGCCGCGGCGGACGAGGCGAUCGCGGCCGACGCGGCGCGGGCGGGCGCGAUGGUGGAAGCUGCCGGCGGCGCGGCGGCGCUGGGGUUGGCGGGCGGCGGCGAGGAUGUCGGUUUGGAGUCGAUCCCGGGGCUUCCGCCGGCCGACAUCGAGCGCGGACCGUUUGAAGGCCACUCCCGGCGCCGCGCCGAGUUGGAGCCGUCCGCGCCGGCGCUGGCGCGGCUUGCCGCGCGCGUCGACGCCGCGUGGGCGGCGCGGACCGCCGCCGACGGUCUCGGCUGGGACGCCGCCGCCGAGGCGGCCGCGGGUGCCGAGGCCGCGGCUGCGGCGGAGCGGCGCGCGGGGCUGGACGCGCGGCGGGCGCGGUUCGCAGCAGGGCUGGGGACGCCGCAGGAUUUGGAUGAGGAUGAGGAAGCGUUUGCCGCGGGAGAAGAGAGCGUCCUCGGGGACAGGGAGGCGUGGGUUGAGCAGCUUCCCGACGACUACCCAGAAACCGGCGACGACGGCACCGGCGCAGGCCCCUGCGGGCCCGGCGGGCUUUCGCCCUACGAACGCGCGGCGGCCAUCGCCCUGACCGCGUCCGAGCGCGCGCCGCUGCUGCGGCGCCGUGCGGCGGCGACGCGCAACCCAGCAGACGCGGCCGCAGCGAGCCGUGCGGAGGCGACCGCGGCGCGGUGGGAGGCGCGGGCGGAGGGGCUGAAAAGAGAGGAGGAUGCAGCGGACGGCGGCGGCGGCGGCGGCGGUGGGUGUGCGUUUUGGGAGGGCGUGGACUGGGGCACCCUGGAGGUCCGGGAGGUGGAGAUCACGCCAGAGAUGAGCGCCAUCCUUGGGGCCGCGCACGACCUGGCGCUGCAGGACCCCAGCCUGGCGGUCAACCUGGACCAGAGCCAGCAGGGGGAGUGA